CUUCUGCGUGAGUAUAUAUAGCUUGCAGGAGAGGCUUGUCACCCCCGGCAGUCGAACAUGAAGCUCAUGCUGUCCUGCCUGCUCGCCUUGCUGGCCCUCGCCAUCGCCGAUUUGGUGAGUGAGGUGCCUGAGGAUGAGGCCCUGAUGCGCCUGCAACUGCAGCCUGAGGGCGACCUGUUCCCCUGUUGCGACGGCACAGAGGAAAUCAGCCAGAGUUCUUCAAAUGAUACCCCUGCACCUGAGCGAACUGUUUGCCAGCCUUGCAGCACUGGUUCUCAAUUGGUUGCGCCUACCAGAGGGGAUGUAACGAGUGAGGAGGAGGAGGAUGAUGACGAGGUGGUUUCGAGUGAGGUAGCUGAAGGGCUUAGUGAAGAUGGAGCAGAAGAAGAGGAUGUGACUGACUCAGUUGAGAAAAACGAAGUUGUUGAGGUGGAGGACUCUCCUGAGGAAGUGGAGAGUAACCACAUCUCUGGAAAGCUGAUGGCAGAAGCUGCACCUGUAGACGAACCCAAGGUUUCAGCAGGCCCCAAAGUUUCAACUGCUGAGCAAGCAGACUCUGCAAAAACUAAGGAGUCUGUACAGUUGGAGAAGGUUAAAGAUGAGUUAACAAUUGCUAACGAGGACCAACCCGUUGCAAAGGAGUCUAAGUCAAAGGAGCCAGCAGGCAAGAAAGGGAAGACAACUCCUGGGGGUAAUAAGACGAGGGACCGGUCUCACAUUGACAGCACGCUACAUCUGGUUACAGCUGAUCCCGCUCAGCGCUUUUCAGCCACCGUAAAGAAACUGCAACACAUUUACCACACAGCCAUCAGGCCUUUGGAGGAGGCGUACAAGUACAAGGAGAUCAGACAGCAUGAGGUCUCAGAUGCUGAAAUUGCCUCCAAACCCAUGGUGCUGUUUCUGGGUCCCUGGAGUGUCGGCAAGUCCACCAUGAUCAACUACCUACUGGAUCUGCACAACAAGCCACAAGAACUCUAUACAGGUGCUGAGCCCACUACCUCAGAGUACAUGGUAUUGAUGCAUGGCGAGAAAAUGCGUACCAUCGAGGGCAUCGUCAUGGCGACAGACACUGCCCGUUCAUUCUCGACUCUGGAAAAGUUUGGCCAGGGUUUCCUGGAGAGGCUGGUGGGCAUCGAGAUGCCACACAAGCUGCUGGAGCGGGUCACGCUGGUGGAUACACCGGGGAUCAUUGAGAACCGCAAGCAGCAGGAAAGAGGUUAUCCCUAUAACGAGGUGUGCCAGUGGUUCAUCGAUAGAGCAGACCUGAUCUUCUUGGUGUUCGACCCCACAAAGCUGGAUGUGGGCCUGGAGCUGGAGACACUUUUCAGGCAAAUGAAGGGGCGGGAGUCGCAAAUUCGCAUCAUCCUUAACAAAGCUGAUAGCCUGGUGAAUCAGGACCUGAUGCGUGUGUAUGGAGCUCUCUUCUGGAGCCUGGCACCACUGAUCAACGUGACCGAGCCCCCACGUGUCUAUGUCGGCUCAUUCAGGCCUCAGGACUACAUGAUGGAUUCUUUCCAAAAACUCUUCAUUCAUGAGGAGAUCUCCCUCCUCGAAGAUCUAAAGCAGGCAAUUGAGAACCAGCUGGAGAACAAGAUUGCCUUUCUGCGACGCCACGCCAUCCGUGUUCGCAUCCACGCUCUCCUGGUUGACCGGUAUCUCCAAACGUACCAUGAGAAACUCGGCUGGUUCGGUGAGCCACAGGAGGUGAUGAGGGAAAUUGUGGCUGACCCUGAUCGGUUCUACAUCUACAAAUCAGUGCUGGCCAAAACCAAUGUGAGCAAGUUCGACCUUCCAGAGCCAGAUGUGUACCAAGACUUUUUCAACGUGAACGCUCUGGGAGAAUUUAAGCUACUGCAGAAGCACUGUAGCUGGAAGGGUGGCUGCUUGUUAGAAAAGAUCGAGAGCGCCAUCACGCAGGAGCUGCCUGCUCUGCUGGCCAGCCUCAGCAAAUCUGAGGAGGCACCAAAGGUGGAGAAACCUAAAGUAGCAGAAAAGCCCAAGGUAGAGGAGAAGCCCAAAGUAGAGGAGAAGCCCAAGGUAGAGGAAAAACCCAAGUUAGAGGAAAAGCCUAAGAACCCCUGGAGGAGGCAUUGAAGGAGGCAAUGUGGGAGAGGACAGGGGGUUGAAUGCAGAGGUAACAUUUUUUUGAGUGGCACAACAGCUUUCAUGUGCACUGGACUCAUGGCUUCGAGCCAGUAAAAGUGUGUAUACAUGAAUAUCGCAUUAAAUAAAGGUUUUAAUUAAGAAAUAGAAAUUGAAUUUAAAAAAUUAAUGAAAGAAUGAAUGAAUGAUCAGUAGAUGAAUCAAUAGAUGGAUGAUGGAUGAGUGGAUGGAUGGGUGAUGAGCGGUUAAACAAAUGGAUAAAAAAUGAACAGUGGCUGAGGAAAAAAAAAUUAUUCAAAAAUCAAUUAAAAGAUUUUACUGAACAGACAUAUGGUAACCUUUCAGGGACAUAUCCAAAAAGUUAUGAGCACGGCUCUUUUUUUCCUCUUUUUUCUUUUCAGUACAUUUGUCUCACUUUCUAUUCACACAGUGCAUCAGGAUUUCCUGAACUUACUCGUUUUCCUUAUCAGUUAGCCUGUCCAGAGCACAUCUCAAGUUUUUUUAAUUUCACAACACGUUUGCCUCCUGACUAUUCACGAGUGGUUCCUUUCGAUGAAUGCGCUGCAUGCGAAUUGUAACAUCUGAAAAUAAAGCUUUCCUGUUCUACA